AUGCCCCAAACCCACUUCUCCGAGGAUCCUCCUCAGGUCAUCAACCAGAAGGAUCUUGAGCUCGCCAACGAGCGGCUCAAGCAGUCCGAAUCCGGCGAGGGCAUGGCCACUGCCGUCGAGGGCAACGGCGCUGCCGGUUCUGACGAUGCCAGCUCGCCUACCGACACCAAUGGCAACGGUGCCGGGCUCGAGAAGAUAGGGACAUACGACAAGUAUGAGAUUACCGAAGACGACUGCUAUGACGAGCUGGGAUACAGCUUUUCCUCGUGGAAGAAGUGGUACAUCUUGACUGUCAUCUUCUGGGUUCAGGUAUCCAUGAACUUCAACACGUCUCUUUACUCCAACGCCAUCCCCGGCAUCUCGGAGGAGUUUGGUGUAAGUGACCAGGCUGCUCGGGCCGGCGCCGCGAUAUUCUUGGUCCUCUACGCCUUUGGCUGCGAGCUUUGGGCCCCGUGGUCUGAGGAGUUCGGCCGCUGGCCUGUCCUUCAGCUGUCCCUGUUCCUUGUCAACAUUUGGCAGUUGCCCGUCGCGUUGGCUCCCAACUUUGCCUCCAUCAUGGUCGGCCGUGCCCUGGGUGGUCUGUCGUCUGCUGGCGGCUCCGUCACCCUGGGCAUGAUUGCCGAUAUGUGGGAGGCAGAUAGCCAGCAGUACGCCGUCGCAUAUGUCGUCUUCUCCUCUGUCGGCGGCUCCGUCUUGGGUCCCAUUGUCGGUGGCUUCACCGAGCAGUACCUCGACUGGAGGUGGUCCAUCUGGAUCCAGCUCAUCCUCGGCGGCUUCGUCCAGCUCGUCCACUUCUUCACCGUUCCCGAAACCCGGACCACCAUCAUGAUGAACCGAAUCGCCAAACGACGCAGAAAGGAGACCAACCAAAACAUCUGGGGGCCCGAUGAGCUUGUUCCUUUCGGCGACCGCUUCUCGGCCAGGGAAAUCCUCGUCACCUGGGUCCGACCGUUCCGCAUGUUCGUGACCGAGCCCAUCGUCCUGGUCCUGUCGCUGCUCUCGGGCUUCUCCGACGCCCUCAUCUUCAUGUUCAUCCAGUCCUUCGGGCUCGUGUAUGGGCAGUGGCACUUCUCGACCGUCCAGAUUGGUCUGACAUUCAUCGCCAUUGGCGUCGGAUACCUCAUUGCCUGGGGCCUCUUCAUUCCCGCCAUCCGCCGCAACAUCAAGGAGCGCAGAGCAAAGCCAAACGACGAGCGUGCCCAGUACGAGUCUCGCCUCUGGUUCUUACUCUAUACCGCUCCCUGCCUGCCCAUUGGUCUCAUUGGCUUCGCCUGGACGAUCCAGGGGCCGCCCAUCCACUGGAUCGGAUCCAUGGUUUUCGUCGCCAUUGUCGGCAUCGCCAACUACGCCAUAUACAUGGCCACAAUCGACUACAUGGUUUGCGCCUACGGGCCAUACUCUGCGUCCGCCACCGGGGGCAACGGCUGGGCGAGAGACUUCUUGGCCGGCGUGCUGACUCUUCCCGCGAUCCCCUUCUUCAAGAACAUCGGCGCCUCCAGCGGCAAGAACCUGGAAUACGCCAGCACCAUCCUCUUCUGCAUUUCCUUUGUCCUCGUGGCCGCUGUCUACGUCAUCUACUGGAAGGGUCCCGCGCUGCGGCAUCGCUCUCCCUUUGCCCAGAAGCUGGCAGAUGCUCGCCAAACACAUCUGAACGAAGGGCGUCGCGGCAGCAUCUCAUACGAUCCAGACGAACGCCGAGGCUCUGCUGCGUCGGCCCAUGUCCGACCCGGAAACGAGCGGCGAUAUAGCCAACAGCACCGAUUCUUUGGCGAGAGCCGUGUCACGCCCAGGGGCACUCCCCGCGGUACGCCCUCGGCCAGUCGACGUCCCAGCAUGGCAAAUCUGGCUACCAAGAAGUAA